AUGGGCAGUAAAUUAUCUGGUUUAGGCAGUGCAGUGUACGAUUCAAAAAGAAAACAAUUUCUUGGCCGCGAUGGAGCUGGAUGGGGCAAAUUAGGUGUUUUUUAUUUCUUUUUCUACAUUGGUUUGGCCGGUUUUUUCUGUGCAAUGUUAGCGAUAUUCAUGGCUUUUACACCACGUGAUCAUCCACGAUAUACUACGGAUGAAUCGCGUAUGGAAACUCGAUCAAAUCCACUUGCACCUGGUCUCGGCUUUCGACCUCAACCAGAUGUAGAUAAAAAUUUAAUCUUUUUGGAUAAAACUUCAGACAACGAGGGUAAAAGUCCAUAUGCUGAAAGUCUCGAUCAAUAUCUUCAAAUUUAUUAUUGGAAACAAGGAGAACGUAAAGCAACAAAUGAGGAUGGAGAGGAAGAAGGAGAUUCAUCAGCAGUUCAAGAAUUCAACAUUGCAAAUCCAGGUGGUUGCGUAUCAGGUAAUGAUUAUGGUUAUAAAAAUGGAAAACCAUGUGUACUUGUUAAAAUGAAUAAAAUUGUUGGUUUUGAACCCUUACCUGGUUAUGCACCAGGGGAGAAAGGAAAUAGCACAUGUGGACCUAAACCAAGCGAUAUUGCAGUACACUGCCAAGGAGAAUAUCCCGCUGAUGUUGAUAAUAUGGGACCUAUAAAUUAUAUGUCUGAAAAAGGUCAAGAUCGAAAAUGUGGAUCACUUAAUACUAAAUGGUUUCCAUAUCACGGAAAAUCUGAUCGUAAAAAUGUUUAUCAAGCACCAUACAUUUGGGUUCAAUUCGAACAACCAAAACCGAAUGUAUUAAUUAAUGUUAUAUGCCGUGUUUAUGGUCAAAAUAUUCAUUAUGAUAAGAAAACAGGCCGAGCUUUAACACGUUUUCAAAUUUAUGUUAAAGAUUUACCACAAAAAAAGCAACGCGGUACUAAUUCACGUACUAAUGCUGGAGAAAAUUAA